CGCCGACGGUAUCUUCUUGAAACAUGAAGCGAGAUAAAAUGGCGUCGGGGAAUAUCAGCGAAGUUGUAACUAUGUACCAGACUUUGGUUAAAGACUGGAAUAAAAAGCCCGUAAAUCUUGAAAAAUGCGGCAAGUUAUUGAGCUCUCUGAAGAUCGCCCUAACUGGCCUGUCAUUUCUUCCAACAUCAACAUCUGGCCCCCAACCCCAAGAAUUAGUACUUGCAAGAGAUGUUUUGGAAAUUGGAGUUCAGUGGAGUGUUGAGAAAAAUGAUAUUGCUUCAUUCGAACGAUACAUGGCACAGCUUAAACCAUAUUAUCUAGAUUAUCGAGGCAUUCUUCAAGAGUCACCAUAUAUGUACCAAAUGCUCGGCUUGAAUCUUCUCCUUUUGUUGGCACAAAAUCGUUUAGCUGAAUUUCAUACAGAAUUAGAGUUAUUACCAGCCACAGAAUACAAUGAAAACAUCUAUAUCAAACAUCCGGUACAAUUAGAACGGUUCCUAAUGGAAGGAAAUUACAAUAAAGUGUUUCUAGCGCGAGGAAAUGUACCAGCUAAAAACUAUCAUGUCUUCAUGGAUAUUUUAAUAAAUACGCUGCGAGAUGAAAUAGCAGCGUGUCUUGAAAAAUCUUAUCAGAGAAUUUCAUUCAAAGAAGCGCAACGAAUGUUAUAUUUAGAUUCCGAAAAAGAUAUUAAAGCGUUUGCAACAAAGCGCGGUUGGAAGCUUGGGACUGAUCACUUCUAUAUUUUCGAGGAGGAGGAAUCGGAGAGCAAACAAGGAAUUCCAUCAAUAAAUACGAUCCAACACAUGUUGGAAUAUGCCAAGGAACUUGAGAGAAUCGUUUAAGAACUUAAAUAUGAACAGUUAUUUGUGUUUGUUUAUUUUAUACGUAGUGCUAAUAAUACCAGUUGUAAAAUGUAAUAAAAAUUAUAACAGUCA